AUAGUUAAAGCGAAAAUAAUAUAAAGUAACGAUGAGAAUAAUGGAGAGAUUAUUGCUAAAUUAAAUGUUUUUUCACGCAUUUUCACUCACUCAAUUUUUGCUAAUUUAAAUAUUUUAGUAUACUAGUAAUAUAUUCACAUAAACGAAUUUGAAUUGUGAAAAAUGUUGUACUGCUUAUAUUUCCGAUUCGAUUUGAUGUAAAAUAUGAAGCGGAUAUGGGGUGGUUCGAGAACCGGACGAAAAUCAAUGAACACCAAGGGGCUGGGGCACCGCAAGCACUGUCGCACUCUAGUGUCUAUUCCUCUGUCUCCCGAAUUCCGGCCAUUCCACCGGCAACCUCACACCCACCAUUUCCACGCCAAGAGCCUCACUCUUUAAUUUGUGCUACCUGUCUCUGUUUCUCUUUAAUUUUUUCUGCCUUAAUUAUUUUUUUCCUACUCCAAAACUAGAAUACCCAUAUGCUGAAAAAGGAAUUAAUUGGGAUUGUGUGUGGGUGGAUGUGGCUAAUUUGGUUUUGGUUAAUCGAGAUCAUCGAUUGGUUCUAACUGAAACUGAACUGUCUCCACCCCUGAAUCUAUACUCAAAAAAGGGAAGCUUGUUAUUAAUAAUUAAUCGAGACUCAGGAAGCUUGACGCCGACCGACGAUGGCGGAAGUUGCAGCUGUCGUCAAACCGAAGCCGCGGCCAAUUAUUCGGAUCGGCCUUUUUCUCAUUUCUCACAGUCUUUUAGUCAGCAUCAUAUGUUGCGUAGCUGGAGUUUUAACUCUCCUGCUUUUGCCUGUUCUCGCCAAGAACACUUAUAUCUCGGAGAAUGCGUUAAUGCCUGGUUCUGCAAGCCCAAUGCUCUCUAGUGCUGAUGCUUCAGAUGGGCAUAUAUUUUUAAACAAGAUAAUGAGUAUAGAUUCAAUUUCUACCAACACUGGCAUUGAAAUUCCAGAGAUGAUAGGAAAGCACAUAAUAGAAUCAGGCGGUGAAGUUAAUUAUCACCAAAUCCAACCAAUAUCUGAUAAUUUUCACCCCCUGCAGUUUUUCUUGGGUCCUGAUGUCGGUAUAGUCCGAGAAAACUACAGUUGUACAUCUUAUGGGAUCAAUACUGUUGGAAUAGUAAGAGCUCCACGUGGUGAUGGGAAGGAAGCUAUUGUUAUAGUAACACCUUAUAAUUCUGUCAAGACCACUACUAGUGAAGCAUUAUCUCUUGGCGUUGCAUACUCAGUCUUCUCUCUACUUUCUCGAGUUAGUUGGCUUGCUAAAGAUAUCAUAUGGCUUGCUGCUGAUUCAAGACAUGGGGAACAUGCUGCAGUUGCUGCAUGGCUGAGAGAUUAUUAUGCUCUAUCACGUGGUGACUUGGAGAAAAAUCAGGAUAUGUGCGGUGCAAGUAGUGUUCUUGGGCAUGAAUUGACUUCUGUAAAGAGAAAUGGGGUUUCUAAUGGUUUUCGACGUGCUGGCACAAUGGCAGCUGCGCUUGUCAUUAAGGUUGCUGAAAGAAGCACAGGAUUUGAGAAGGAUGGUCUCAAGAUAUAUGCUGAAGCUUCCAACGGGCAGAUGCCAAAUCUGGACCUCAUCAACAUUGUCAAUUAUUUGGCUGUGCAUGGACAGGGAUUACAAGUGAGGGUAGAGAAAAUUUGGUCUCUGCUUGAUUCUUGGUGGCUGUACAGCCUGGGUGAACUACAGGAGUUGCUCGGCAAGGUUGCUAAGAGCUUAAAUCCUGAUUGGAAAAUUGGCAUACCUGCUUCUGACUACGUCGAAGGCUGCGCCACUCUUGCCAGUUCCCUUUACAAUCAGGCUUUAGGCGUUCCAACUGGUCCACAUGGUGCCUUCCGUGAUUUUCAAGUUGAUUCUAUUACUUUGGAAUUCUCACCAAGGUUCUCGUCAAGUCAGAGGGUUCUGUUCCUUUUGCAUGCUGGGAGGUUGGUUGAAGGAGUCAUAAGGUCUGUGAAUAAUCUUCUCGAGAAGUUUCAUCAGUCCUUUUUUCUGUAUCUCAUGACAUCGCCGAAUAGGUUUGUUUCAGUUGGGAUAUACAUGAUUGCCUUUGCAUUGCUCAUUGCACCCCUUCCAUUGGUUGCUGCUGCUCUCUUUUCCGAUGCUAGUAAAUCGAAGUCUGGGAAGGAUGAUGUCAGUUUGGAACCAUCUCAUCCUGGUGAAUCAAUCCCAACUUUUACAGCAUGGAACUGGCUUCACACUGCAAAAACUGUUCUCAUUGUCCAUUUAUGGGGUGCAAUCGUAACAAUAAUUCCUUAUUUUCUCUGCCAGUUUCCUAAUUCCUCACCAUUAACCAGCCUUUUGAUGUGGACCGUGUCUUCAUUAGUUGGGCUCUUCUUCACAUGUGCAGCAUCUGGUUCUUUAUCUAUUCCACGUGCAAGCCAACUGCAAAUCAGGGAAUGGACUCUCCUUAAGGCUGUGACUGUUGCUGCUGCUUUCAUAGGACUCUGUCUCAUGUCUGUGAUAAAUUAUGCAACAGCACAAAUCGGAGCCCUGCUACUAGUUCCGAUGUGUUUAAUGGCUGUACCCUUGAGGAUCGACGUGUCAGCCAAAACGAUGAAGGCACUUCUCCAUGGAGCUUGUAACAUUUUAUUGGUAUUUGCUGGAUUUCCUCCAACUGCAUUUCUUUUGUUGAGAGGUGCAUUAGAUAGUUUCGACAGAGUCAGAUUAGAUGACUUCUGGAAUUGGACCGAGUCCCUUAGGGCAUGGAACAGUGCUACUUACAUAUAUAUUUGCAUGGUUCAUCUCCCCUGCUGGGUUCUCUGUAUUCGCAUUUUACUACAUCGUCGUUGAGCUGUCCCAAACGCGUACACUCCUCCCUCGUUGUAUCAGUUCAUUAGAUAUCAAGACAGUAUACAAUUACUUUGCUUAAGCUCAAAGAUUGUCUUAGCUUGGACCUUUGUAGUUUACUAGGUGUAUUUCAUGCUAUCAGAUUUCAUGAAAAGGGAGCCCCUCCCUUUAUAGAAACAAUUGCUUCUUUUACUCUUGGCAUGGAAAUCUGUCUUACUUGGAUGCUUUUCAGCAGAUUGGCAGUUGUAGCAGCAAAGGGAGUUGCACCUUUUUAUCAAAAUUUAUUGUUUUUAUCAAA